ACAAGGAACUGAUAAAGUGUGACACCCAGAUGUACCUUGUCACACCCAGGGUGCUCUGCCCUGCCGGCCCUGGGACUCCCAGCUCUGCACCCUGGGGGCCAUGGGAGGCAGCCCCAUCUGGACCCUCACUGCCCUUCUCUGCCUGGGGCUGUGUAGGGGGCUGUGGGACCAGGUCCAGGCAGGGACCCUCCCCAAACCCUCCAUCUGGGCAGAGCCAGGUGCCAUGAUCCCCAAGGGGAGCCGGGUGACCCUGUGGUGCGAGGGGUCCCUGCAGGCUGGUGGCUUCUGUCUGCAUAAGGAUGGGGGCUCUGCCCCCCAUGUGACCAAGGUCCUGCAGGUCCCUAGCAACAAGACCGGCUUCUCCAUCAACUCCAUAACUGAAUUCAGAGCUGGGCUGUACCAGUGCUCCUACCUCAGCUCCAACAUGUGCUCAGAGCGCAGUGAGCCCCUGGCCCUGGUGGUGACAGGAGUGCUCCCCCCACCCUCCCUCUCAGCCCAGCGGAGCCCUGUGGUGGAGGCAGGAGGGAGGGUGACCCUCUCCUGCAGCUCAGAGACAGCAUCGGGCACUUUCCACCUUCUGAAGGAGGGGGGCGCUGAUCCCCCCCCACACAAGAUGCCAACACUCACUGAGGGGAAGAGCUGGGCACGGUUUCCUGUUGGUCCUGUGACCUUCUCCCACGGGGGUGCCUACAGGUGCUACGCCUCCUAUAACAACAACCCUCAGGUGUGGUCACAGCCCAGCGACCCCCUGCACCUCAAUGUCACAGUCUCUCCCCUUAAAGACCACAUUGCUGUGUCCACAGUGGCAGUCCCUCAGCCCCAGGACCACAGGGUGGAGAACCUGAUCCGGAUGUGCGUGGCUGCCCUGGUGCUGCUGGCCCUCGGGGUCCUGCUGUGGGAGGCUCGGCACAGCCAGAGGAGCACCCAGGGUGCCGCCACCAGCAAGAGGGACCCCCAGGGUCCUGGUGCUGCCACCUUCAGGCCAAGCUGCCACCGGAUUCGGGACUGUGGGUCCUGGGAGAGCGCGCUGAGUGCCCAGAACCCAGUGACCGUGGGCAGAAGAGCCACCUGGGUCAGGGCCAGUGAGGCUCCGUGGCGGGUGUUGACGGAGACACCCCUGUCGCCCGGGCGCUCUGAGAGCUGGAAGCUUCUGACGGUGCUGCAGCUCCUGGCCCUGGGCUGUGCGCAUCCCAUCAGAAGGCACGAGGCUCACAGCUGUGUGACACCCAGCUGCACCUUGUUGCACCCUGGGGUGCUCUGCCCUGCCGGCCCUGGGCCUCCCCAGCUCUGCACCCUGGGGGCCAUGGGAGGCAGCCCCAUCUGGACCCUCACUGCCCUUCUCUGCCUGGGGCUGUGUAGGGGGCUGUGGGACCAGGUCCAGGCAGGGGCCCUCUCCAAACCCUCCAUCUGGGCAGAGCCAGGUGCCAUGAUCCCCAAGGGGAGCCAGGUGACCCUGUGGUGUGAGGGGUCCCUGCAGGCUGGUGGCUUCUGUCUGCAUAAGGAUGGGGGCUCUGCCCCCCAUGUGACCAAGGUCCUGCAGGUCCCCAGCAACAAGACCGGCUUCUCCAUCAACUCCGUAACUGAAUUCAGAGCUGGGCUGUACCAGUGCUCCUACCUCAGCUCCAACAUGUGCUCAGAGCGCAGUGAGCCCCUGGCCCUGGUGGUGACAGGAGUGUUCCCCCCACCCUCCCUCUCAGCCCAGCGGAGCCCUGUGGUGGAGGCAGGAGGGAGGGUGACCCUCUCCUGCAGCUCAGAGACAGCAUCGGGCACUUUCCACCUUCUGAAGGAGGGGGGCGCUGACCCCCCCACACACAAGAUGUCAGCAUUCACUGGGGGCAAGAGCCGGGCACAGUUCCUUGUUGGUCCUGUGACCUCCUCCCACGGGGGCACCUACAGGUGCUACGCCUCCUAUAACAACAACCCUCAGGUGUGGUCACAGCCCAGCGACCCCCUGCACCUGAAGGUCACAGAGGGUUCAGAUGGCACAGGGCACCAAGGCCCCCUCGUCUCCCUUCCUGCUCUGAUUGGGAUCCUGGUGGCCGUCCUCCUGCUGCUCUCCCUCCUCCUCCUCCUCUCCUUCCUCUUCCGAAGCCGGCAUCGUCAGGGGGAGCACAGGCUGCUGUGGGCUGCCGGCCCAGAGCCACAGGACAGAGGCUUGCAGACCAGUGCAGUGGCCGCUCCCCAGGAAGACGCCCUGAGUGACAGGAAGAGAAGGAGCAGCCAGGGGGACAGAGAUGCUGCAGAGGCAGAGACGCGGCCUGAGGAGGGGGCACAGCUGGACUGUCGGGUGAGCCCUGCUCCCGCCCAGGACAAGGACCUUCCCGUCCCCACUCUGACUGCAGUGCCCUGUCCGUCCCCAGCGUCCCAGCUCUCAGACCCAGCUUUCCUGCAGGCUGCCGCCUCCACAGCCCCCCAGGAUGUGACCUACGCCCAGCUGACCCUCAGGCAGGGGACGGUGCCCCCUUCCUCCUGGUCAGAGGAGCCCCCCGAGGAGCCCAGCCUGUACGCUGCUCUGGCCACCCAGUAGCCCAGGGGUCUGGGCCUCCCAUGCCAGCCCCCCUCCAAGUGCAGAGCUGUCCCCAUGGACACUUCCUGAUGACCAGCCAGCCUGGACCCUGACGGCCACCCGGAGGCCCUGGGGCCCUUUGGGAGUCAGCUGGCUCUGCCCUCACACAGAAGGAAUGUCCCACGUUUUGGAAAUAAAGCGGCUGGCUCCUGAGUGA